UGACUCAUAUUACAUAAGCAUGUCGUUAGUCAAGAUCACGUACGUUUUUUAUUUAGCAUCGUGAUUCUUGGAGUAUUCUUCCCAUAAAUUUUACAAAUUUAGCACUAUUUUAAGACUACAAGGAUAAUAAGCAGUGAAAUACAAUGGGGUCCAUUUUUCAUUUUACCAUUUUGAGCCUUCUUCUCCUAACCUCUCGGAUCACUUAUGGUGAUCACAUUUUCGAAAUCAAGUCCAUCGAUGACCUUAACCCCGACAGUUUAAGCGCCACCUUGCUCAUCAAGUUUACGGACACGAGUUUCUACCCAAGCAUGUCCCUUCCAUACAUUAAAGACGUUUCGUCGAAUCUUAACCCUAGUCUGACCUGUUUGGACGCUCUCUACCUUCCAAAACAAUUUUGGACCUCAAUCUUUAUCCAGAAAAUCAUCUCCUCUUGCUACUCAACGAUCCUCAUGCACACCUCAAAAUCAAAAUCUGACUCCACCUCGGUCAUAUUUGCCCCCAUUGAGGAAGCCUCCUCUAAAUUCCCCACCAUCAUUCGAGACCCAUUGCGCACAAUCGACAAAAUUUUGAACAACCCGCCACACGAGACAUUUGACAAGGGUGCAGUGACCCACUUAGUCACGCCGGAUAACAUAAUUAACGUCACACUCUACAAUGUAAAGAAACCCACCAACAAAUUCUAUCGGGAGAAGGAAAAUAAAAAUAAAAAUUGGGGGGCUAACCUUGUCAACGGGGCAUUGCCAUAUUGGCGAGCAUGCAUAGUUGGCGGGAAGGCGGAAAAUAUUCAAAUGCAAUAUAUCAAGAAACAUCAUCCAGUUUGUGACUGCUAUGUCUUUGACGGUGACAUGGUCACGAAGGGGAGUAACAAUAAGAAUGAGAAUAUAUUGGACGUAGUAAAUUCUUGCAUCGCAUCCAUUGACCCACUCGACCACCCACUUCUGUCCCACAUGAGUAGGAAAGAGGUACACAAAAUGAUGUUAGAGGCGGUCAGAGAGAAAUAUGUGACCACAAAAGAGUUUGACCCUAACGAUUUUUUUGAGGAUGAGAAGGACGAGUUGUAACAAAAUAUGUUGCAAAUAUUUAUUGGCAGUUCAUGGGCAUCCAAUUAUUUAAGCAGGUUUUAAUUUAUUUGAAAAAUUUAGUAUUGUAAUUGAAAUUCAGGAAAUAAAACAAAUUUUAAGUAUAUGA